CCCCCGAUCCGCGUGAUGCGAUGCUUCGGCAGCUGCUGAUUUUCUUGAUCCCUGUGGCCGUUCUCCUGUGGCAACUGGCAGGUGCUCCCUGGCAUUUGCCACACCUCGCCUUGUGGCCCUUGUCCUUAGCUGCCUUGUUGAUUGAGGCUGUGUGGCUCGGGAAGCGACGCUCGUGGCUGCGCUUCCUACCCUUGCUGUUGUUGUUAUGGAUCGCCCAAGCCACCAUCCUCCUAUUGACUUUGCUGCCCGAAGUGAUGCAUCCGCUACAUGUAGCUCCGCGGCGGCGGGAAGAGGCAGAGGCCGUGUUGGAGGAGGAGCACCACGUACCCAGCACGGUGGCAUCGGAUGCCUUUGGCGGAGAAUUGGCGGAUGCAGGACUGGCAGAGACCAUCUCGGUGGUGCUCCCCUGUGCGGAAGAACGGCAGAAUGCCAUUUGGACGGUCGAGCGCUUCUGCCGUCGCACACCAGCAGAGGUCUUGAAGGAGAUCAUUGUGGUGGACGAUGGAUCCGAUCCUCCAUUGGAAGAAUUGUUUCAGAAAGACGAGAAACGCUUGGAUCAGGACCCCGCCUGUCGCCUGCGUUUCCUCCGCCACGAGCAGACCACGGGGCUGAUGGCGGCCAAACUCACCGGCGGCCGGGAGGCGCGCGGUGAUGUGGUCGCCUUCAUCGAUUGUCAUUGCGCGCCGCAAAUGCACUGGCACAAGGAAAUUCUGGAACAAGUUCGAAUCAAUCCACGUCGCAUGGUGGUCUCUGCCAUCACGGAUUUGGACAUGGAUACCUUCGAUGAGAAGAAGGAUAGCCAGGUGAACGCCAAAUGCUACUUGACCUUUGAUGCGGAUUUCAAAUGGUUUGACGAUGACUCGGAUUUUAUCCCAACCAUCAGUGGUGGCCUAGUGGCCAUGGGUCGCGCCUGGUUCAACUUGACCGGUGGCUUCGAUGAAGGGAUGCACGGCUGGGGUGGUGAAAACCUGGACCAGUCGCUCCGCGCCUGGCUCUGUGGUGGCGACAUCGUGAGGGCCAAGAGCAGUCGCAUCGCACACAUGUGGCGCACCGGUGAUCGGCGAACGGCUACACAUUAUCGCAUCAAAGCUCGAUCUACCAACAAUCGCGGCCGAGUAGUGGCUGCGUGGUUCGGACCCUUCAAGGAAGUUGCGCGCAGUGCAGGAGGAGUCGAUGAGGCGGAUGUGCAGAACUACGCCAACUUCAAACAACGGCUGAAUUGUCGGCCCUUUAGCUAUUUCAUCUAUCGCUUUCGCAAGCUUUACUUGGAAGGUGGGGUGAUCGCCAAAGAAUCCUUCUUGCUUCAAGAGGUGUCUACGGGCAAAUGUCUCCACACUUCUGCGUCCUUCAGUGACUGUGCCAAGACGCGCAGACUCCAGUUGGGCAAUGUGGACAGGCUCACCGGCAAAUGCUGCUCCGGUCUUCGUCUUCACGGUACCAACAACUGUUUCGAUUUCUUCGACAGCAAGGGGGGCAUCCACAUGUAUUCCUGUGAUGUGAUGGGACGUAACAUGAACCAGCAGUACCAGCUGCAGCAGGAUGGACGACUUCAAAAAGGGGAGCAGGACUGCAUAGUGGCGCAAGAAAAUCGUGUGUCACUGAAGCCCUGUGCUGAUCUCCAACCCAAUGAGGGCAUCUUCCGAAAGAUCGAGCCGCAAGAGACGAAAGAAUAUCAGGUCUACCGUCGUGAGCUGGCCAAAGAUCAGUGGGACAGCAAGUUCCCAGCAUUGCCAGAUAACUGAGACCGACAAAA